UGUUGAUGGUGUAACACCAGUGUUGAAACGAGGGAGUUGCUCGCGUUUCUUUCCUUCAAAUUUGUUUUUAGCACAGGUCUCUUUUAAAUAAUUUAUUGAUUCAACGUAAAUGAGUAACAGAAGAAACAGCGAUGAUGGCAGCAGCAGUAAGCGGAGGGUCGCGUAUGUUUACAGCCCAGAGUACAUCGAGACUUGCGAUACUUUAUCCAAAGUACCAAACCGGGCGAGUAUGGUCCACUCACUGAUAGAAGCCUAUGGACUCCUGGAGCAGAUGAGCGUUGUUAAACCUCAUGUGGCCACCACUGAGGAAAUGGCCAAGUUCCACACAGACUCCUACCUGGAGCAUCUUCACAAGAUCAGCCAGGACGGAGACAACGAUGAUCCUCAGUCAGUGGACUAUGGUCUUGGAUACGAUUGUCCAAUUGUGGAGGGCAUAUUUGACUAUGCAGCAGCAGUAGGGGGCGCUACGCUGACAGCAGCUCAGUGUCUGCUGGACCAAAAGUGUGAAGUGGCCAUCAACUGGGCAGGAGGGUGGCAUCAUGCCAAGAAGGAUGAAGCUUCGGGUUUCUGUUAUGUGAACGACGCUGUGCUGGGAAUCCUCAGACUGAGAGAGAAGUACGAGAGGGUGCUCUAUGUGGAUGUUGACCUGCAUCACGGAGAUGGUGUGGAAGACGCCUUCAGCUUCACAUCCAAAGUCAUGACUGUUUCUGUUCACAAGUUUUCUCCUGGAUUCUUCCCGGGCACGGGGGAUGUUUGCGACACGGGGCUGGGGAAAGGCCGCUGGUACGCCGUGAACGUCCCGCUUGAGGACGGCAUCAAGGAUGACCGAUACUACCAAGUUUUUACCAGUGUGAUGCAGGAAGUGCGGGCACAGUUCAACCCGGAGGCCGUAGUGAUGCAGCUGGGUGCCGACACCAUGGCGGGUGAUCCCAUGUGCUCCUUCAACAUGACCCCAGUGGGGGUGGGCAAAUGUCUGCAGUAUGUCCUGCAGUGGCAGCUACCGGCACUGCUGCUGGGAGGAGGAGGUUAUAACCUGGCUAACACUGCUCGUUGUUGGACGUACUUGACGUCGGCUGUGCUGGGAAGGACUCUGUCCUCUGAAAUUCCCGAUCAUGAGUUUUUUACAGAAUAUGGACCAGACUACUCCAUCGAGAUCAGUCCGAGCUGUAGACCAGACCGCAAUGACAGCAAACACCUGGACCAGGUCAUCACCACCAUCAAAGGGAAUUUAAAGAAUGUGGUUUAGGACUCAGCCUCAGCCUCCUUCACACAACCCCCCCCCCCCCAGACACACACACACAUGUUUCCGAACCAGGUCGACACUCUGCGGCUUUAAUGAAGACAACAUGGAGCGGACCCCUCCAGCCCAAGGCUCAGAUCGAGUGAGGGAGGGUAAAAAAGAACAAGAGGAUUUUGGAAAACAUUAGCUGUGUGUUUCCAGAGGAAAACAGUUUAAUAUGGGUUGAGGGGAGGGGUUGAUGCGGUUGCUACAUAACGUUCACUGUUUUUUAAUUCCUUUGUGUUUUGGAAAAGGUAUGUUUGUUUGUGCAAGAAAGAGUAAUAUGUUCAGUGUGGUUACGUAAAACUAAACGACAACACUGUACAUCGUGUCUUCUGUAUCCAGGGAAGCAUCAGUCGGACAUAAAUGGAAAAACAGAUUUUUUAGGAGUCCGGUUUCACGGCCACCCCGGACCUGCUGUGAUUUCAGCCUCCUGAGGACAGACGAGCGCUAAAACAGACAGAAAAACAGAGUUCCCCAAAUGGACUGUUAAACCUUUGUUUCACAGCUCUGGAAAGUCUUGUAACGUAUGUGAAAUGACUCAGAAAACUCAAAAAGUUUACCAACAAACUGUACAGAAAGUAAGAAAAAUAGCCAGUUUCACUAUGUUUUAAGCCCUAGGUAGACUCCCCAAACAUCUGGCCUUUUAGAUUUUUAACUGGAGAUUAUCCAGGGAAGGUUCACCUGUUUUUCUUUUAUAGAAAAGCAACACAGAUUACAUGAUCUUUAAAGAGGGUUUGGAUCAAAACAGAAGCCCCAAAGAGGAGAUGUAGGUGUAUUCAGUUCAUAAGCUGGCUUCCUCAGAAUGGACUGGAAUUGUAAAUAUUGUGAGGCUCACCUGCAGCUAAAUGUGACACAACUUUGUGGUGUAAUAUGACCCAUCUACAAGAAUUGGGCCAUAUUUUUACCUCAAUGCUGUCUUGGUGCUAAGUGUGGUGUCUGAUGCACCAAAGUAGUGUCAAACACUGUAUUUGGUUCAUAUUGUGUUGCCUUGAUUUUAUGGAAAUUGUAUCCCCAUUUUUUUUAAAUAUGCCUGUUAUUUUUUUUUAUGUUGCUGUUUUCACACUGAUCAGCCGUAACCUGAUCCGCCCUGCUGCCUGAACACACCCCUGUGGAGGGGUUCAUGGUCUAUAUAAGGAAAGUGGUACAUGUUAAAGUAACAUCUUCAUGAUUUUGAGUAUCCAGAGAAAUGACAUUGAAUCAAAAUGACAUUUCCUUCACACGAUGUGGCUGAUUGGUUGAAUAUCUAGGUGUAGUUAAUGAAUGAGUGUUGGUUUUUUUAUGAUGUACCAUUAGGAAGAAUUGACUUCAGCCAUUUAACAGCUUCUCUCUGUAUUGUAUCACUGAAAAUAAACUGAAAUUCUAAAAAAUGGAACAUUGGACAAAGUGCUCUGUUGAUAGUUUCAUUAAAA